AUGGCGUCGGUCGCUAGUGUGCUGGCCGCGAGGUCGCCUCCCAAAAUCGAAACAAUACCGAAUGGACCGAUAUCGAGUCUCCAACCGUUCGGAUCGCUGCUCUUCGUCUCGAGCAUCAUCAUUGUGAUGCUCGUGGCUAACAUCCUCGAGCGGUGGCUACUUCAAGUGGUCUAUGGGGAGAUUUACGCAGAGCUCCAGCGCCCCGGGAGCGAAAAGCGUCGUCGAUCCUUCACAUACUACCACGUUGGCGCCAUCACCAUGUUCGCUAUUCUCUGUAUCGGAGCCUACCCCGUCAUGCACUUCCUCGUUGGAUCUGCAGACCUGGCUACCGACGUCGUCCCAGGACCAGGAAGUCGAAUUCGUGUUGGAGACCUUCUCUUCGCUGUGUCUCAAACAUACAGCGCGUAUUAUGCCUUCGAGCUUUGCUAUCGCACCAAGUUCGCGAGUCCCCUUAGUAUCGCCCACCACAUCGGACUUCUAGCCAUAACGCAAACAGCUCUUUCGCUUUUUGGUAGCUUCAGAAAACACCCAGAAGCCACCAUAGAAUUUUACAUGUGCAUGGUGUGGGGUGCUUUCGACGUUAUCGUUGAAUUGCCCGUUUACAUCACCAUGAUCCUCUGGCGCAUCAGGCGCAACGACCACCGAUUGCUAUCAUAUCUGACCGCCGGCCUUUGCGUCUGGGUUCUUGUCGGUGCAUUCAGUGAAGUCGCUGUCACAAUCUACCUCCUUCACGAGUCUUGGGGCAGAUGGGGACAUGUGUGGAAAUUCGUCACACCUUUCGUCUUCUCCUUAUGGAUCGCAACACAACUGUACGGUGCUUCAAGGCUAUUUUCGAUGUCGCAGUCAGAACGACGCAAGUGUAUUAAAGGGACGCCACAGGAGGUUGAGCCUACGGUCGAGCUGCCAGGAUUGACAGACGAAGGGGGAAAUGCCGGUCAAGAGGAGUCGAAGAGCAAAGCGAUAUGA